CAAGCUCACUGCUGUGUUGUGCCAUAGAUGGGUCGCGAAAGAAGCCCGGCCCAUAAGCUUGCGCCAGCUCAUGGUGUUUGGCCGCUCCUUGACCGAAUCGAGGCUGAUCAGCUCGGCUAACUACGUCCGAACUGAGCUGCCCACGAGAAUUGCCCACCGCAUCCGCGACAUGCAGCAGCUGCCCUACGUUGUUGUCACGAACCCCCAUCUCAACGAGGUCUAUGACUUGUACUACACUGCCUUCGACACGUUCCGCAAGGUGAAGGACAUCAAGACGCUGGAGGACAAUGACCGCUUCUGCAAGACCAUACGCGCCAUGCUUAAAGCCCACCUAACGGUCAUUCCCAAGCUAGCCAGGGGCAUCCUCGAAUGCAAUGGUCUCAUGGACGCGGCUGAGCUCGACAAGUUUAUGAACACCAUCCUCCGAUCGCGUAUCUCUCGACGUGUCAUCGCAGAGCAGCACCUCGCUCUCACCGACACGUUCCACGCGCCGUGGUUCUCGCCCGGCGCCAAGCUCUCCGAGUCCGAAUUCAUAGGCAACGUCUUCCUCAAAUGCGUCGCCAAGGACGUCGUCUCGCGCUGCGGCAGAACCGUCCGCGAGAUUCUCCGGCGCGCCUACGGGCCCGACGUCGCGCUCCCCGAGAUCCGCAUCGACGGCCACCUCGACGCCAACUUCCCCUACAUCCUCAGCCACCUCGAGUACAUCAUCGGCGAGCUUCUGCGCAACUCGGUGCAGGCCGUCGCCGAGAGACACCAGCGGCGCAAGGACAGGGCGACCAACCCGGACGAGCCCCCGCCGCCGAUCGAGGUAACCAUCUGCGAGAGCCAGCAGCACGUCAUCAUCCGCAUAUCCGACCGGGGAGGCGGCAUCCCCCGCGAGGUCUUGCCCUACCUGUGGUCCUUCAGCAAGGGCCCCGCCAGCGACACGAUCUUGGCGAACCUGGGCAAGGUGCCCAAGAUGGCGGCCACGAUGCAGGAGCUGCAGGUAGAAGGAGGCCACGAGCACGCAGACGCACAUGCAAACCCAGACACACACGCGCACGCGCACGGUCACGGCCACAGCCACGGCGGCCGCGCCGCUUCCGCCGCCAAUCCCGCCGCGGGGAGCCCGGGCGGCGGAGAAGAGCCAGGCAGGGAGGUCAGCAGCUCGCUGGGGUCGCUGUCUAGCCGGCCGCCCAACCUGCGGCUGGGCAUGGGCCUGCCGCUGAGCAGGGUGUACGCCGAGUACUGGGCCGGCAGCCUGGCGCUGCACAGCCUGGAGGGGUACGGCGUCGACGCGUUCCUGCAGAUCUCCAAGCUCGGCAACAAGAACGAGCAGCUCACGACGCGGGCGAGCAUGGAUGCGGUGUGAGGGAGGCAGGCACGAGCCCGCUUGUCGGCCGGAGCCCGGCUUGCCGGAGCGUACACCCAAGCCCAAGCCCCAGCCCCGGCAUCCGUGCCGAGCCGGGUAGGUAGCUAUUGCACAGAUGAGUUGUUAGAUACCUUAGUUACUCAGUUAGGAAAGAGUUAAAUCCAACAUCGCGAAACUUGGCAGAAGGAGAGCUUGACAGAGACGACCUUGCUCAUUAACUUGGUAUCAUGAAAGGGGCGGCUAAAUUACAUCAAUCCUAGGGU